CUUUCGGCCAGUGCACACGUUCCGUUAGUUUCUCUAUUUUAAACUUUACUUGGUCGGCGAUAUCCGGGAAGGGGGCGACCGCAUCGGCUUGCCGACUACGCGCCUCUACUACACCACUGUCACUUAGUUUCGAUGCAGUCGACUUGCGUACGCGUCGUCGGUCGCUUCGCGCGCACGCGCGUCAGCUCGCAUGCAUCCGACUAUUUUUGAUAGUUGAUAAGAUUAGGAAUGCGCGCAAAAUAUUAUUGUUGAUGAACAUAACGAUCUUGUAGUGCCUUUCAUUCAUGUGAACGAUGAAUGUCCCCAAAAGGUGAUAUUUGUGGUGCCAGUUAGUUUUUUUUGUUACGAUGAGCGGGAGGGAAGGCGGAAAUGCAGUUCCCUCUUCGAGUGCGGUUGGAGCGGGCGACGCAAGCGGGGUGACCGGAGUGACGCGGCGAGGCCGCUGCAAGUGGUUCAACGUAGCUAAGGGUUGGGGGUUCGUAACACCCAAUGAUGGCGGACAAGACGUUUUCGUACACCAGAGCGUGAUCCAGAUGCCAGGCUUUCGUUCCCUGGGAGAUGAGGAAGAGGUGGAGUUUGAGUGUAAGGAGUCCGAUAAGGGGCUCGAGGCGACUCGUGUCUCCGGGCCCUCGUCCGUCGAUUGCCAAGGAUCACACCGACGCCCGCUUUCCAAGAAACGCUUCCGAAAGAUACGUAAAGUCACUAGACGCAGCCACCAAUCGCAACCUUUGCCCGCGCACGUGUUCCCUCCUUCCUACAAUCUGGGGUCCUUUAAGAGAGGCUUGCUACAACUGUGGGGAGUUUGCAAAUCAUAUAGCGGCAAAAUGCAGUAUCGGACCGCAACCAAAGAGAUGUCACAACUGCAAGAGCGAAGACCACCUCAUUGCCGACUGCCCCAUAAAGGUCGAGAAAAAAGGUGAUCCACAAUCGAAGAGCUCAAGCAGUUCUCAGGGGAGUCAAGAAGGAAGCCCGCAGCAGUCAUAAUUCCACCUUUAGAAUAUCCAUAAUCUUGUCAAGUUUAUAUUUUGCGUUAUUACGUUAUAUAAUGCUUCUCUGUUUAAGUUAUAUGCCGUUUCGAUAUUAUGGAAUAUGGUUGAAUCCAAACCAUGAUACAUAAUUUCUAUAUCACAGCGAUAGUAAUGAUAAGGAAACAAAACACAAUCUACCUCUACAAUCUACCUUCAUAAACAGCACAACUAAGAAGACUGAUCAGUACAA